GUUUUCCUCUCAUACCUCCCACCUCCACUUCAAACUGCAGCGCCAACCUUGGCAGAGAGCAGAGACUCCUGGCUGUGAGGAGCUUCAGACCUUCUGGGACUUGUGCUUCAGCUUUCUUUGCUUCUCGGCUGUUUCUGCAACACAUGAUGGAGUGAAACCUCCCAGCAGGAGGACCUGAGAGAGCAGGAGGACCUCAGAGAGCAGGAGCCACCAUGUCUUCGCUGAAAGCAGCUCCUCUCUCCUCCAUCAUGAGCCUCCCCACCGCCUCCAUGGCAGGGCAGGAGGUCUACGCUGACUGCACCUCCCUGCUGUCCCUGGACUCCAGCGUCUUCUUCAGCGAGGCGCCGUGCGUCACAGAUCCGCUCGAUGUCUUCGUCAUCAACGUUGGGGGGAGUCGCUACGUUCUGUCCCAGGAGCUGCUGGCUUCCCACCCAGAGACCCGACUGGGGAAGCUGGCCUGCUGCAGCCGAGACUCGGUGCUGGAGCUCUGCGAUGACGCCGACUUCCUCACCAACGAGUUCUUCUUCGACAGAAACUCCCAAACCUUCCAGUAUGUGAUGAACUUCUACCAGACGGGUCACCUUCACGUCAUGGAGGAGCUCUGUGAGAUCUCCUUCCUGCAGGAGAUCGAGUACUGGGGCAUCGAUGAGCUCCGGAUCAACUCCUGCUGCCGGGAGCGCUACUACCGCCGCAAGGAGCAGAAGGAGUCCCUGGACGUCCGCCGGGAGUGUGAGGCCGAGGAUGACGAGAAGGACUUUGCUGGCGCCGUGUGUCCAGGCCUGCGCCGCCGCCUUUGGGACCUCCUGGAGAAACCAGAAUCGUCGCGUGCGGCUCGGACCUUUGGCUCGCUCUCCAUCUUCUUUGUGGUGGUGUCGGUGAUCAACAUGGUGCUGAUCUCUCUGGACCUGGAGGAGGACUUGGGCGUGAGCUGGCUGGGCGUGGGCGGGCCGCGGCUGCUGGACUCUGUGGAGUACGUGUGCAUCUUCUGGUUUACGGCGGAGCUGCUGCUUCGCUUUGUGUGCGUCAGAGACAAGUGCCGGUUCAGUCGCAGCAUCCCCAACGUGAUCGACCUGCUGGCCAUCCUGCCGUUCUACGUCACCCUGGCGGUGGAGAGUCUCCACGGCGGCUCCACCGAGCUGGAGAACAUGGGCCGAGUGGUCCAGGUCCUGCGCCUCCUCAGAACCCUGCGCAUGCUGAAGCUGGGCCGACACUCCACAGGUCUGAAGUCUCUGGGGAUGACCAUCGCUCAGUGCUACGAGGAAGUGGGCCUGCUGCUGCUCUUCCUCGGCGUUGGGAUCUCCAUCUUUGCUACGGUGGUCUUUGCUCUGGAGCACGACCUCCCGGCCACCACCUUCACCAGCGUCCCCGCCUCCUGGUGGUGGGCCACCACCUCCAUGACCACCGUGGGCUACGGGGACAUCCGGCCCGACACGGCGCUGGGGAAGGUUCUGGCCUUCCUCUGCAUCCUGUCCGGCAUCCUGAUCCUGGCGCUGCCCAUCGCCAUCAUCAACGACCGCUUCUCCGCCUGCUACUUCACCCUGAAGAUGAAGGAGGCGGCGCUGCGGCACGCCGAGAUGCUGAAGAGGCUGGCCCGCGGCUCCGUGGGGGAGGCGGGGCCCGUGGGGCCCGCGGGGCCGGUGGGAGGAGUCAACCUCAGAGACGCCUACGCCCGCAGCGUCCUGGAGAUGCUGAGGCUGCACAGCCGAGAGCGGGCCAGCACCCGCAGCAGUGGAGGGGACGAGCUGUGGUUCUAGAGGGGCCCUGGGGACAAAGGACAGGGGCCCCAGAGAGGGAGAGAGGCCCGAGAGAUUAAAUCUGAACAGAAUCAAAGACCUUCUUCAUCCCAUCUUCUUUCCAGGAUCCUCAGAGGUCCAAUCAGGGGACUGAUCAGGGGUCCAAUCAGGGGACCAAUCAGAGGUCCAAUCAGGGGACUGAUCAGGGGACCGAUCAGGGGACCAAUCUGAGGUCCAAUCAGAGGACCGAUCAGGGGUCCAAUCAGGGGUCCAAUCAGGGGACCGAUCAGGGUCCAAUCUGAGGUCCAAUCAGGGGACCGAUCAGGGGUCCAAUCAGAGGACAGAUCAGGGGUCCAAUCAGGGGUCCAAUCAGGGUCCAAUCAGGGUUCCGAUCAGGAAACCGAUCAGGGGUCCAAUCUGAGGUCCAAUCAGGGACCAAUCAGGGGUCCGAUCUGAGGUCCAAUCAGGGGACCGGUCAGGGGACCAAUCAGGGGUCCGAUCAGAGGGCCGAUCUGAGGCCCAAUCCAAGGUCCAAUCAGGGGACCGAUCAGGGGACCAAUCAGAGGACCCCUGAUUGGACAAAAGGUUUUUGGACCGACGUUCAGACAAAAAUAAGGUUCUACCAGGAAAGAAUCUCUGAUGGUUCUGGAAAUUUUCCUGAGCUCCAGUAAUUGUGAGGAUGAAAUGAGCUGGUUCUGAUCCGGCUGACUGACCCAAAAUGAUCAGCAGAACCUGGGUUCCCUGGUUUUGGUGCUUCACAUGAAACGUUUGGACCAAACCCGGAUUCCUGGAGCUGUGGUUCCGUCUUGGUUCCCCUCCUGCAGAACCAGGUGUCAACAGAACCAGAGAGGACAAUUUAACAUCUGGGUCCAUCAGAGUUUAUGGAGUCCAGACACUGGCAUUCAGGACCGACCCAUUUUCCCACAGCCAGUUCUGGCUCAGCAGACAUAAACUGGACCGUGAAGCAGCGGCGCCGGAGAUAAACAGGCUGUCAGCGGGAGAAGAGGUCCAGAACCAGACCGUGGGAACAAGGUUCUGCUCUCGCCGGCGCCGUGUUUCCUGAACGGAGGCCCAGCGCCGGGAAGAGAAACGGACCCAAUCAGCGCUGAUGGACAGAACUGAUCCAGGUUCAGGGAGGACCCGGAUCUGCUAACACAGAACUGAUUCAGAACCAGGAAACAGACCCAGCUCUCUCUGCAUCGGGGUUUCCCCGGAAGCUGCAGGCAGUCCUUCAGAACAUCCAGAACCCGGUCAGAAUACUGCAGCUCAGAGGGAGUCCAGUUAAACGAAGCAUGUUCUGUGCCCUGACCGACCUGGUACCAGACUGGACUGGGUCAGCGCCAGAUCCACGUCUGAUUCCAGAACCAGAACCAGUAGAACCUGGACCGGUUCCUGCUGGAAGCUGCAGAGAUCUUGUGCUCCAUCUGUGGAUUAUUUUUACCUGAGUGGGAGGUUCGCUCCGAGCCGCCGACACGCUGCUGGUGUUUGUCCUUCAGGAGUGGGAGUGAAGCGCCUCAUCCUGAGAUUCUGCUGCAUCUCCAGCGGAACCAGAACCCCUCAGAUAAGGUCCGAUUCCAGAAGGACACCACUGCAGCAGCAGCUCUGCUCAACUGCCCUGAGGUCAGAGAUGGACAGGUCAGCGAGACGCCUCCUCUGUGAACCGGGCCGGAUCGGCUGGAACCGGGUCGGCUGGAGCCGGGUCGGCAGGAACCGGGUCGGCUGGAACCGGGUCGGCAGGAACCGGGUCGGCUGGAACCGGUCUGUUAACUUAAUAGUUCAGAACCUUUAGCGACUCACAGCUUUCAGGGCGUCAGCAGCAGAACCAGAUGUUAGAGACCUGAGAUUCUGGUCCGUUUGGCGGGGUUCUGCUGAGAAGUUCUGAUCCAAUCCAGAAGGACCUUCUCUGCUCAAGAGAAGAAGAAAAUAAUAACCUGGAGCCUCGAACCCGGUGGACUAACUGCUAGUGGUUGAUGUCCCUCAGAACCGGCGCCGCCAUCGGUCCAGACAGGAAACUUCUGCUAUCAAAGACAAUAUUACAGCUAACAGCUAAAAAUGAUGUUCUACAAGACAAUUUAACAACAUUCUGAUGUUAAUAAGAGGCCCGUCUGAAUAAUCAGAUCUACAUCCAACCAAUAAUCCAGAUUAUCAAUAAUCCCAGAUCAUCAAUAAUCCAGAUUAUCAAUAAUCCCAAAUUAUCAAUAAUCCCAGAUCAUCAAUAAUCCAGAUUAUCAAUAAUCCCAGAUUAUCAAUAAUCCCAGAUCAUCAAUAAUCCCAGAUUAUCAAUAAUCCAGAUUAUCAAUAAUCUACGGGUUUAUUUAUCAGUGCAGAUGCUUUCUCUAAAUCCCCCUUCAAAGUGCGCCCCCUGUGGCUACAUUUAGUAAGUGCACCUGAAUCCCAGCGCACAUAUACCUGAGCUCCUCCUGUUAGGAGAGUCCUGAAAGGUUGGGUGUGAAGAAGCAACAAACUGUCAUUCAUCACUGAUCAAAAGUUUUUCUCUGUGUAAAUCUGGACAAUAUUUCCUAAAAUCAUCAAUAAAUCGAGUUUCUUCCCUCAUAAAGUCUGAGUUGCUGAUUGGAUCGAACGGUCUAGUCAAAGUCUUUCGCUUCCCAACAUCCUGCCAACAUUUUAACUCUUGAACUCUUUUCUAGAGCAGACCCAUCUGCAGCUGCUGUGGUACCAGAACAGUGGCAGGUUCUGAGCGGUCCGAUUGUCUGAUGAAGUAAAAGAUGCAGAUUCAGUAAAUCUUUAUUCCAGGGACACCA